AUGCCUCAAACCUCCAGAGCACUCCUGAGAGUUCCAGAGCAUCCUGAGCAGAAUGAGACAGACAAAAGCAGCGGAGAGCAUAGACAGACAAGAGCAGCGGAGAACAGAGACAGACAAAGGAUGGAGGAGGAGGAGAGAAAGAGAGAGAGAGAGAGAGAGAGAGAAAGUGAGGAAGAGAGAGAGAAACGGAGAAAUGAGGAGAAUGUGGAGCUGGGCACUAGGUGCUUCUCUCCCUGA